AUGACUUCCAAAGUGGACGCUCGACUUUUGAAGUCGACAAAAUUCCCCCCAGAAUUUAACCAAAAGGUCGACAUGCAAAAGGUUAACCUGCAGGUCAUGAAAAAGUGGAUCGCGAACAAAAUCUCCGAUAUCCUAGGCAAUGAAGAUGACGUUGUCAUUGAGCUCUGCUUCAAUCUCAUCGAAGGCACACGCUACCCGGAUAUCAAGUCUCUCCAGAUUCAACUUACGGGAUUUCUGGACAAAGAUACAGGGACGUUCUGCAAAUCCCUAUGGGCCUUGCUCCUAAGUGCCCAAACUAGCUCUCAGGGCGUACCCAAGGAACUUCUCGAGGCGAAAAAGCUGGAACUUAUGCAGGAAAAGAGGGACGCUGACAGGGCCGCCGAUGACGCUCGCAGACGCCGCGAUGAUUUCGACCGCCGGGAUCGCGCAAUUUCAGACCUGAAGGAACGAGACCGACGGGACAGGGCAAACAACCGCGCUGAUACUUGGCAGGGUCGACGUGGAAGCCAAAACCUUGACAAUAGGAACAGGCGAACCGACAACCAUAAUCGUGGGUCGCGAGAUCAGGACGUGGACGAGACCAAGAACGUCGCCGGCAUCGACCGCGAUCACAUUCGCCAGAUACAAGCUCGCGAUCCAGGUCACGCGGUCGGAGCGCAUCUAUCAGCGCCGCCAGCGGCAGGUCCAACUCUCCACGCCGGAGAGCCUCAUCGGCAAGGCGCUCCGCAGGCCGGAAGCGAUCCCGAUCGCCAAGAGGAGACGCGUAUCGUCCAAGGCAUGGUCGACGCCGAUCCAGCUCGGCGCUUCAAUCUCGCUCUAUCACGUCGGACCGCACUUCACCGGCUCGAAAAAGGCGGAGAGGCCAAACGGAGUCACGAAGCAGAUCGUCACCACGUCGGAGGCGCAGAUCCUCGUCGUACGAUUCAAGCAAUCGGUCUCGGUCUCGCAGCCGGGAUAGAAGUUCCCCAGCAAGACAGCGGCACAGACGACGGCGCGGCACAGACGACGAAGACUCGGACAACUAUCAAAGAGAUGAGCGCAAAGGUCGUGGCAGAGACAGUUGCCAAAAUGAGCGGGACACGGUCCAAAGGCGGAAUAGUUCCUCCGCUUCCUCAAUCUCUCUAA